AUGAAUACAGCGAAAGCUCUCCGUUUAAAAAGUAAAAUAAAUUGGACGUCUAACCAAUUCCUCUUUCACCCUCGAAGGAAUCGCACAUCUAUUUACGAUUUAAACGCUUUGACAGCAUUAGAACAUUAUAUGCAAAAAACAUUGUCCGACAUAACAAUUAAACAUACACCAACAAAAGUAGUAUUUCAGCAAUAUUAUUAUACUAAUGCAAUACAAGCACAACGACGUGGACUCGAAGAUACUGCUAAUGGAUCCACGAAAGAAGAUAUUGAAAUAUUUAAUCCCACAGCAUUAAAUAAACUUAAAGAACGUUUAUCUAAAUUAUACAACAAAGAAGUCGAAUUUACUUUAAUUAAACAACAUUAUCCAUACCUUAAUAGCAAGAUAUUGGCCCAAUACAUCGCUGUAAACGCAUCGCGUUAUAGGUUUAGACAAAUUCGGCGUUCACUUUUCAAAAAAAUUCCAUUGGUUGGUGGCAAUCCACAACAAAAUAAUCUUAAUGCUACUUCUGCGCUUAAGUGGAUCCAAUUAUCACGUUUAGGCCAACAAAUUCUACCGACUCAUCUUUCUGGCGUGAAAAUACAAAUAUCUGGUAGAAUGAGUCUUCGUAAAGGUUCUGCUAGAACUAGUGUAAUCAACAAAUCUAUAGGUAGUUUUAGAUUUCAUUCUUUAAAGAAUACUAUGAUUGAUUAUGCAAAGGUUGAACGUAAAAAUCAAAAUGGGGCUUAUUGUGUUAAAGUUUGGCUCAGUUCUUCAGUAGUUACAUAG